AUGCGCAGAAAAGUACCCGUAGGCACGUCCUCACCUCGCCCUCACGUGCAGGUGAAUAACUACGGGCGAAUUAACUCACCCGGUGAUAACAUCCGUGUAGCCAUGGCGAAGAACCCGAGCAAGCCGGGAAGAUCUACCACCGCCUCCGGUGCGAGCUGUGACGGGGACGACGGCGACGAAGAACACGACGACGACGACGAGGAGGAUUGGCCUGAGAAUGGCCACGAUGACAGUGCGUCGGGAGAUGAAAAGGCUCCAGCCGACAUCGAGGAGGACGAUUGGUGGAAUCGGAGGGUUAGGAGUGAAGACGAAGUGGAGGAGUGGCGGGUUGGUGAUUCGGACAACGACGGAGGUGCCGAUGCUGAUGGUGACCACGCGGAGGCAGUGGCGCAUGCUACGGGAGAGACUGAUGCGAAUGCGAAGGGUGACGGGUGCGUUGAAGCGGAAGCUGCUACGGAAGAGGAGGCGGAUGCGGACGAGGAUGCAGUUGCGCCCGUGGAUGCAGAUGCUGUAGCAAAGGUGGAUACGGUUGCUGCGGGGGGAGCUGCUAAUGACGACCCGUGGAGCAUCUCGUCGGACGACAAUGUUCCGCUGCUGAAGAAGAGGCUACGUCUUCGCCUCCAAUCCAAGCCGGAGCGUGCCCGCGUGGUGCUCUCCGAUGACGAAGACACGGGGGAGGAGCGUCCACCUCGCCUCACUGGUGCAGACAAGGGGAAAGCCAAGGUCGUGGAUGCCCCUGCAAGCAACAAGAAACGGAAGCAGGAUGGAGCCAAGGUUGCGGACGCCCCUGCCACCGCUCGUCGCCGAACAAGCAACAAGAAGCGGAAGCAGGACGGAGACCCGGGAUCCAGCGCGGGGGCUGCUAAGAGGAAGAAGAAGAAGGCGGUAAACCGGGACGACAUCGUUGUUAACGAGGCGCUCGGCAGCGACGCUGAAUACGAGAAGGCUACAGGCCCGAUUCCUGCCUUCCCUGAGAAGGCGAUGCCAAAAGACCCCACCCUCGAUAAUCCCAAUUCCCGUCCACCUUCCCCUCGCAGCAAGGACAUCCCCAAGCAGGUCAUCAUCGACGCGUUCCGCCACUGUGGGAUUUCCAGCAAGCUGGACGGAACAGAGAACCACCUGGUGAUGUCUCACCUGCGCGCCAGGAGCACCACCGAUGUCUCCGAGGACAUGACCCUCGGGGGGACCACGGGCGACAACACUCGCCUGCUUGGUCAGGCUCCAGAGGAGGAGGAGGAGGAGGAGGAGGAGGAGGAGGAGGAGGAGGAGGAGGAGGAGGAGGAGGAGGAGGAGGAGGAGGGGGAGGAGGAGGAGGAGGGGGAGGAGGAGGAGGAGGAGGAGGAGGAGGAGGAGGAGGAGGAGGAGGAGGAGGAGGAGGAGGAGGAGGAGGAGGAGGAGGAGGAGGAGGAGGAGGAGGAGGGGAGGAGGGGGGGAGGGGGAGGAGGGGGAGGAGGAGGAGGAGGAGGAGGAGGAGGAGGAGGAGGAGGAGGAGGAGGAGGAGGAGGAGGAGGAGGAGGAGAUGCAGGCGGAGGGCGUGAGAGAGUUGGCCGUGGCAACCGGCCUGGAGGUGCUGUACCAGGAGACCCCCAACUACCGCGGAGCGGCGGCCGAGGCUGA